AUGCUGCCUGGCGAUUGUUGCGGUCUUGGAUACAAACAUGCAUCUCCUGAAGAUGGCUACAAAAUCUUGAGGUUUCACACGGGAAACGGGGGAAUGUAUAAACCACGCGCUGAGAUUUACGAUUUAAAGUAUAAGACAUGGACACGUCUUGAUUUUUCUUGGGAUUGGUACGUGUUUAAGCCUUAUAGAGGUGUGUCAUUGAAUGGGAAUGUGUAUUGGAUUGCUGCAUGGAACCAUGUUUCCAAGGUUUUCAUCCAAAGUUUCGAUUUUUCUGUGGAGAAAUUCGAACCCUUAUGCUCCUUGCCCUCCACGUGUGUUGGAUCUACUUUUAUGGCCUUGUCGGAUUUUAGAAGAGAUAAGCCUUCUUUGUUACAAGAGCGCGAAGAAACUUUCGACAUAUGGGUCACAAGCAAGAUCAAGAAAGGGGUUGUUAUCUCGUGGACCAAGCUGUUUAGUGUGCCGAGACCUAAUCUCCCGGUAUUGCAUGCCAGUUCCAGGCACCAUGUUAUAAUUAGUCCUCCGGUCUACUUCGUUGACAAGAAUAAUAGGAUUGUUGUUUGCUCUGAAGAACAAGAUAUGAACUAUGUUUGUGCGAAAGUAUACGUUAUUGGAUUUGAAAAAUCGAUUGGGUUAAAAAAUUAUCGUAAUGGUGGAAUUCGCUGGCCUUCUAUCUCUGGCUAUGCGCACCUUCCAAGUCUUGUUCCGGUUUCUUAG